UACAUAAGAAUAAAGAUGUUCAACAGAAAGGAAGCUAUGCAUAUUGGCUACAAAAACAAACUAUUUUUUAUCUAUAUAAUGUAGUUGUAGUUGUACUUGCGUUUUACCGACAUGUUUUUUUUGAGGUUUGGGCUAACAUUUACAAAAAUACCAUAUGAUGUUGUUAAUAAAAGUAAGCUGACGUUUGUGACACGGUGCUUUCGUGGUACAUAUGGACCAUUGUUAGCCGGCCACUCGAAAUGGGCAAACAUAAAGCACACGAAAGCGCAGAAGGAUGGGCAGAAGAGCACAACAUUCACAAAGUUUUCACGACAAAUACGAAUUGCUAUACAAGAAGGUUCGUCUUCAGAUCCUGCAAUGAAUUCACAGUUGCGUAGGGUUAUCCAGGAAGCACUGCGAAACAAUAUGCCCAUGUCAAGCAUACAAACCACUAUCGCCAAAAGUGCGCAGAAGAACAUUUCACUGAAAAAAUACUUACUGGAAAUUCAAUAUAAAAAAAAAGUGUUCAUGGUUUGUGUGCUUAAUACGGAUAAUUUCGCCGGCAAUAAAAUGGAGAUUAGUACAAUUUUAAAUAAACAUGGUGCCGUGUUCGCUGAUAUUGGAAACUUGUUUGAUGAUUUUGGACUUAUUGAAACAACUGUAGAUCUAUCAAACCCGUCUUUAAAAACUGGAUUAGAAGACCUUUUAAUUGAGGAUGCAAUUAGCUGCGGAGCAGACGAUUAUGAAAUCGUUGAUGACAAAAGUGGAUUUGUGCGGUUUUUCUGUGAUCCCGACAAGUUGAGAUCGGUUACUAAUGCAAUCGAGGCUAAAGGCUAUUCUGUAGAGAAUACGGAGCACAAACAUAUAGCACAGAAAAUGAUUUUACUGACACCGGAUGAAGAAACUUUGUAUAAAAAGUUUAAACAAAAAUUAGAAAAUAUUAAUGAUAUUGAAAUUAUAUAUGACAAUAUAGAA